CGGUCAUGAGCGUCUGAUUUGUGACGAAUCAGUCGAAUGCUCGAAGCUAAGUAAAGUAGGCAGUUGCGCUCUGGACGUUGUGGUGUGAGGUUAUGCUACGUUCUUAGAAGGCUUGUGUACUCCAUUUCCCGUUAUCUCACUUCAGAACCUGGAUUAAUCAUCACUGGGACUGUGUGAUGAAGAUUGCGGGCGCUGGGCCGAGCCUCUGACGCCGUAGAACCAUGAAGCCCUCAAGCAAUACCUUCCCAUGGGAGGGAUACGCCUCCAGCAGCCAAAAGGGUGGUAGUCGGGACCAACGCGGAACGCAUGAACUCCUUCUUGAUGGAGCUUUCGCGUCCCCAAGUUCAACAUAUCAAUAUCAGCGUCGGUUGUUCGACAUCCGAAAUGAUUCAGCAGGUGUUAAAGAUGGGGCUAGAAACGCCCAAAGAAAUAAAGACAAUUUUGAAUUAAACAGUAGCUGUGGAGCCGUGCAAAAAAUAAACUUGUUCAGUGAAGACCAAACAAAAAUUGCGCCCAAACAAUCGCUUUUGAUUGAGUCAAGAGCUGCAUUCAUCAAUUCAUCCGAGGGCAGCAGAAGCAGCGGAGAAAUGUCUUGGUGCAAAGAAAAGUCUACCUGGAGAGACGGAAGUCUUAGCGAUCAACCUUCAUUAUCAGCUCCGUAUUGCUCUACGCCAGAAGGUUCUCUACAAGCCCCUUCUUCGCACAACCCUGCCGUUCAUCCUCACUAUAGAAGAACCCCUGCCAGACCGCAUAUUUCAGCUUCUUAUACUCCUGAAACGAAUGUUGACCAUGCCGUGGCUCGUACAACGCAUGUCCUGCGUCGUAUCGAUCCCGCCAUGAAUAAUGUACUAAACUGUUCGAGUGGAAAUUUUCUUUUAUCUGCGAGCUUAUCUGACUGGGAUAAUGUCUCAUCAAAAGGAACCGAGAGCUCAACUUCUCAGGUUGAUAUUCAAAACAAACCUGAAAACGCUAAUUACAAAACACCAUUGGCUUCACGUCUCCAUCCAUUUAGCUAUGCUAAUUUAUGUUUGGAAUUUAGCACUCAACUUUUUUCCUGUCAAAACAAUUUUUUUGCUCGAAAAAGCUUCUCUUUACCGUCUCGUCUGUACCUGCUGGCGAUAAUUGCCCUGAUCAUCAUACCUGUCGCCACCAAUGCUCUCACGGGACCCAACGUCUGUUCCAAGCAAGAAACAUACACGAGCCUCGUGAACGUAUCUGUGGUGAAGGCGUAUAGAGUUCGAACCUACGUCUUCUGCCUGAGCAUUCCUCCUAAAUGUUCCAAGUACAAGAUGAACUACAAGACUGCUUACCAAACUCAGAGUCAGACGAAGACUCGGACCGUGGACGUGUGCUGUAGCGGGUACACUCGUGUGCCUGCGGAGGACCGCUGCAAGGCCAUCUGCUCCCAGGACUGCAUACACGGUGUCUGUCUCAAGCCCGACCUGUGCCGCUGCGAAGCUGGCUUCUCAGGACCCUCUUGUAACAUCAGAAUGAGAGCGUGCCCAGAGGGCAAGUGGGGCAUGGGCUGCGUGCACGACUGUCCCUGCCUCCAUGAGGGCAAGUGCGACCCUCUCUACGGCAACUGCUCAUGCCACGCUGGUUGGAUCGGCCAGUAUUGUGAGGAGAAAUGUCCCCAAAAUAAAUACGGCAUGGACUGCAAAGACCAAUGCAGGUGUCGCAACGGAGGCACAUGCGACCACAUCUCGGGGGCCUGCUACUGUCCCCCUGGCUGGACCGGGCCUCUCUGUGAGAAGCUGUGUCCUUCGGGCACCCACGGCAACGCCUGCAGCAACAAGUGCCAGUGCCAGAACGGCGGAAACUGUGAUCCCAUCACCGGCAAAUGUAACUGCCCGCCUGGAUGGACGGGAGACGUGUGUGCCAACCCAUGCCCCAUUGGCUCGUGGAGCACCAACUGUACUGAGGUUUGUGACUGCUACAACGGCGCUACGUGUGAUCACGUCACCGGCAGGUGCAAGUGCACGGCGGGCUUCCUUGGCAAUAAGUGCCAGAAGGAAUGCCCCUUGGGAACGUACGGAGUGAACUGCACGGAAACGUGCGACUGCAAAAACGGAGCCACUUGCUCUCAUAUUUCCGGCCGCUGCUUCUGCAAGGAGGGCUGGCUAGGAGACGACUGCUCCCAGUCCGCUUGCCCUGCAAACCAGUUCGGUCCCAGCUGCUCCCAAAUGUGCUCCUGUGAGACUGCCAGUACAGAAAGAUGUCACCCGUGGACGGGAGAGUGCGAGUGCAAGCCAGGGUGGGCGGGCGUGACGUGUUCGCGCGCGUGUCCCUUCUACAAGUACGGCGAGAAAUGUUCCAGUUCGUGCCAGUGUAAAAACGGCGCCUUCUGCAACCCCAUCAACGGCAGCUGCACCUGCGCCCCUGGGUAUCACGGGACGUUGUGCGAAGACACGUGUCCGUACGGCAAGUAUGGCCAGUCUUGCAUGCUGGAGUGCCGCUGUGCUAACGGCAACGGAUGCAAUCACGAGACUGGCAAGUGCGUGUGUGACUCAGGCUGGGAAGGCCUCCAGUGCGCUGUGACAUGUCCAGACGGGCGAUACGGCGCCAACUGCACUCGAGAGUGUGACUGUCUGCACGGUGGUGCGUGUCACCCAGAGACGGGAGAGUGUACGUGUGGACCAGGACACUUCGGCGAUAGGUGCGAGAAGACGUGUGAGCAAGGCAUGCAUGGUACCGACUGUAAAUACCACUGCGCAUGUGUGGGACCAAACGUCGAGGGUUGUGAUCCGGAGACGGGCAAGUGCCUCUGCAAACCGGGCUUCCGAGGCGUGAGUUGCGAGAGUCGCUGCUCGCGCGGUCAGUACGGCGAGAACUGUAAUAAGCGCUGCGACUGCAAGAACGAAGGAUCCUGUCAUCCCGAGACCGGCAAAUGUAUUUGUGAGCGCGGAUGGAACGGGGCUGACUGCAACACUCCAUGCCGGCCGCACAAACACGGCGUUAACUGCAACCAAGACUGUCCUACAUGCAGUCAUGGUAACGGGACGUGCGAGCACACGACUGGAGCGUGCGUGUGUGCCAGCGGAUGGAGAGGUCCUCGAUGCGAGCGCACGUGUAUUGAAGGCUACUGGGGCAUCAACUGCGAGAACGCGUGCCAGUGUCGAAACGGUGGAGAAUGCAAGCCGGAGACUGGCGAGUGUGUGUGUCUGCCUGGUUGGACGGGAGCCAACUGCUCGCAGCCUUGUGCCCACGACUUCUUCGGCUACAACUGCCUACAGCCCUGCCACUGCCGCAACCACGCCUCCUGCCGCGGCAACGACGGCUUUUGCGAGUGUCUUCCGGGUUGGAUGGGGCCUGGCUGUACGCAGACGUGCCCUGAAGGCUACUACGGUCGCCAGUGUCUCUUUGUCUGCAAUUGUCCGUCUGAAAAAUUCAUCUGCCAUCCCGUCGAUGGUUGCAAAUGUCGUUACGGCUUCGGAGGCGAUCAUUGCGACCAGCCCAUGACAAGCACCAUCGUUGACUUGGAGCCUCUUCCACCCUCGCCACGUCACUCUUCCAACGCCGGCAUCAUCAUGGGUCUCGUCUUCCUCAUCGUCUUGACUGUGAUUGUGUCUUUGGUCCUUUACUACAGGCGGCGCGUGAAAAGCUUGAAGCGGGAGCUGGCCGUGAAGUACACCGCCAACCCUCACACCACCACGGACCGCCCACCCAAGCUGUCCCGGGAGCCGUCACUGAAGGUGCCGCCGGCUCCAUCCCCUCCAGACGCCGCCGCCAAGGCUCGAGCGCAGCGCCUCUCCCUUAAGGGUGGGCCAGACCGGCCAGAAGCUGUCCAUAACAGCAGGAUGAGCGAUCAACACCACUUCGACAACCCAGUCUACGCUUACCAACCUGUGAGCAAGUCACAACCUAACUUAGCCGACAACAACGGACAGGCUGGUGGUAGUGGUGGUGGUGCUGGUGGUAGUGGUGCUAAUGGUGCUCUCAACACCAUCCAUAACAACCUCCAUCACAACCACAACAAGGACACCAACAAUCGGCAUUGGGAUAAACUUGGAAGCUUCACCUUCGAUGACGACGCAUCUUGUAGUGUCGGCGCCGGUGCAGGGCCGCAACACUACGACGUGCCAGGGAGCAGCACAAGCAGGAAGGCAUGGGAGGCCGACUCCACGAACCCAAAUCUCUACCACAGCAUCGACAACCUCAAAGACAACCGCCUCGUUGACCACGUCUAUGAUGAGAUCAAGCAGAAGUCUCCGCCUCAGCAAGGAGACCCUGGUGGAGAGUACGACCGACUGACCUACUCCCGUCCUGCGGUCACGGUGACCCCACACUACUACAGGAUGCCCACCACCCUCCCCCCUGCCCACACCAUCCUACCCAGCACCACCCUGACUUCGUCGCCACAACCACGGCAUCUUCCAACCAUACCCACCACCAUCACCCCCACAGUUCCGCUUCCAACCACCAUCUGCACCACCAACACCACUACAACACCCUUCAAUACAAUCCCUCAACUACCGUUUCUAACCUCGUCAACCAUCACGCCUCAUCAACUAACUACCUCAACCAGUCAUCCGAGUGCCUCAACCGAUCCAUCACUCACCUCAACCAACUUAGUGGGGAGCACCUCCCACAAGACUACGACCACAUUCUCUCAACCGCAACCAACAACCAGCACCACCAUUUCCACCAUCACCAGCUCAAACAACUCAACAAUGUCUCCGGAGGCUCGCACAUCUCGCACUCCCUCCACUGAUUCCAAUAGCGAGAAUGAUGUCACUCCUCCGCCACUUCCAGGAGGUCACCCUUUGGGCAAAAAUUUCAGCAGCAGCGUCAACAAACCUAAAAUUUCUAGCGUGAAAGUUUCAAAUCUGCAACCGGAGGCCAGUGAAGAUGUUUACUCAACUCCAAGGCUAAACAACUUAGAUGUGAGCCUUGAAAAUGACCAAAGCCUGAUGCCCGAUACUUUCAAUAACUUGGCGAGCAACAACUUUCCUUCAACUAAUCCCUUCCGACAAAUGGGACAGGAUCGUGGUUUACCGGAGGACAACGAAGACGAUGAUCGGACACUUCUGUCGGCUGCUGCUGACGCUGAUGACAGUGCGAGUGAUACUGAAGCUGACACCAUGAAAAUUGAAGGUGUCUAGAGAAAGAAUUAAAUGGCACACAUCUACGUUGUAUGUGAACCUUUUAAACUUUAGUGGAUAUUAGUGUCUGGCAUUCACCGUUAUCAUUAUUUGGAUGUGGUGAUGCACUUCUUGACGGCCUGAUUCUGAAGAUCGGUCUUUUUAACAAAGUAUUAUAUCAUAACUUGACUCUUAUGCGUCAUCACUUGGACCUGAUCGAGUGGAAAUACGCUUAUGCCAAAUUUCUUCUCAAGAACAUUUUACAGCUUAGCGCUGCUGUGUAUAUUAUCUAGGAAUGAAUAAAAACUGUGUAGUAUGGGGAGCGGCAAUAACUUGCGUUUUCUGACGGUUCUUGUUCUGUGAAGCCAUCGUUCUUGGCCGAACGAUGAGACCGUCUAUUACUGAACACUAAUUGUGGUAAGAAGUUGAUUUCACCUCUAAAUGCGAUGUGUCUUCAACCAGCCGCGAACUUCAAUGUUUUAAGAUUUUCCGUUUCUAUACUCGAAAACUAACAUGUAAUGAUGGUUUUUAAUCGUGACUGAUCAAUCUUGUUGCUGCAUUAAACGAUUUAGGCAUACCUAGAUGGCUCAGGUCCAUGUCAAUCAUUUUAGGUUUUAUACCAUCGCCAUCAUUGGUAGCUCUCCUCGUGUACAGCAAAUUUUAGAGCAAACUUUCCACUGUCAACUGAUUACUCUGCUAAUUCAGCUAGCGGUGUUCAAAUAAUCCCUUCAGUGUUGGUUCUUGAGCCACGAUUGAAAUAUAGCUGUGCCAUCCCUCACUUCAAAGUAACCUCGAGUGUGGAUGCGCUAACUAUCCCAUACAGCUUAGUCGUACGUCGUAGGGGGCAUAGAUCACUCGCAGAAUGUGGAUGUAUUGUCGAGUAGUUACUCUUUGUUAUUUGGUCUAAGCUAUGUCAUGAGUUUUAGGGUAAAACUAUCCGUCUUUUAGAUCAGGUGAGGAAGUGAAGGCCUUUUUUAACAGCACCGAGUGGACCAGAACUCCUCCUACGCCCCGUAAUGCUACUCUUACUCAUUACGGUCUCCUUGUUCGUCGUUGUUAGCUCACCCUCCUGUCACACGCAUCCGUCGCGUAUCUUCUGCGCUCGGAUAUCAACUUGAUUCUUCGCACGUAUUUUAGAUAGCGACCUCCUCAUCACGUCAGUUUUAAAUAUAGACCUACGUACUCUGAACCAGUUUUAAACGCCAGUUUUCUUUCGACGUAGUUAUUAAAUCAAAGUAAACUCGAAUAUGAUGGAUUCGAAAGGAUUGUCAUUGAUAUUUCAGCAGCCCACAACGUUCCUUCCGGAAACUUAGUUCGAGGUUCGGACUCUGCGCUGAAGUUUCGACAGUGCUGUAUGCUAAAUUUAAAGUUAGAAUGUACAAAUAGUGAGCGUUGAAAAUUUUUUGAAUAAAUUUUAAAGCUUGACUUCGUUUCCGACCUGUUCAAGUGUGACUGGCUGUGCAAUUUCACAUUUUUUCCUUAAAAUAAAGUUUCUCUUGUCGUUAGAAAUUCGUUCGAACGCCUUAUUUUUUCGAGAUAUACACAUAUUACCCAUGUGUACAGCGCUGCAUUAUUCAUUACCGUAUUUUUCAUGUAUUAUAUUCAUGUGAGAAGAUAACAUGAUAUUUUAUUACAUUGAAUUUCGCGCGGGUCCGCUUUUUAAUUUUUUAACUAUUGCUUCACUGUGGAUAAGCCCCGACAUUCCAUAACGAUUACUUUUAUGUUCGAAGUAACGGUUUUGCUGGUUUAUCCUACGUGUUAUUAAGACAACCUUAAAAUAUGGCACUGAAUUUUCAUCAAUGAAUUGAUAUCUACUUUAUGAUAGCAUAUUAAUUGCUGAACUUUUUAUUACCUUAUCAGUAUACUUAACCAGCGAUCUUUAGUCUUACAAGUCUCCACGAAAUCUUCAUUCCUGCACAAAAUUCCUUUUGUUUGUGAUACGCUUCAGUCUUUCAUUCUAAACACCGCGAGUUAAAUCUUAGUAGUUAGCGUUGUUUUAUUUUAUUAUUAUGUUCUGUAAUUAUGUUCAAUUGUGAUGAAAUUAUUUUACUCUAUCUGUACUUCUAUAUGGAAAGAAACUGUCUGUACUCCUCUUUGAUUUUAAAUGCUGUUCUCCUGGCCGUGAUUGUGGAGAAAUAUUCUUUUAAGAACAAGCUUUCAUCGUGGACGCGGUAACUUUCUAUUUAUAUUAUAGCAGGUUUCCCUUCCUCGUAUAUGUUCAUUUUAUCACUAUUUUAUGAUCAGUCUAAUACUUAUGUGAUCGUUGUUGCCAUUAACAAUGCCUUUGUAAAGUAUUAAUAUAAGCAAAAAGCUGUUUUUGCGUCGCUCGAACAUUUAAAGUUGUCAAAAGUAGCUCCUCCUUGAUUAUCGGAACAUUUUUCGGGCAUUGCGAGUUUUUUUACUUCCAUUUGUUUCGAUUAAAAUGAUAUAACAUGUAGCUUUUCUUCAUUGAUGCCCAAAUCAGAUUCCUCCACUAAAAUGUAUGCUAUACAAAUCUUUGUACGGAUAUUCUAAACUUUAAAAUUAGGUUGCUGGAUUGUACAGACAGGUACAAUUGUAAAACUCAAUUUUUUCCAAUCCAUAUAAUUGAAUAUUUUCCCUUUAAUAUUAUUUCAGCUGUUUCUUGCAGUCAUAUAUCGCAAAGGACAACACCAAUGUUGAUGAGCUCUGUAUACAGAGGGUUUCUUUUAUGCUCGUUCUGCUGUUGUUACCGCAAUUUUUGUUCCACUUGCUGGACGUGUAAACGUGAGCAGCCGCAGCGUACCAUCAUGUAUGUUCCACGUAUCACCAACUAAUUCUUCAUAAGAAUCGUUAAUAGGUGUCAUCAGUUCCAUUUUAUUUGAUGCGAUCAUAGUUAGCGAAUAAGUUGAAUAAACUGGUAGAGAUUUCUAGUGGCCGCUCCGACCACGCAGUAUCGUGUGGCAACAGUUGCAAAUCAUUGAGAGAUUAUCUUGUGUUGCGCAGUAAACAUUAUUUUUAAUUAAUGAUACGACCUCAUUCAUGUCCCGAAAAAAAAUCGCAACAUCUGGAAUUACUACUCAUAUUACUAUUGGCAUGCGUACCGCUGUUUGGGAGCCACUAAGUUUCAGGAAUGCCCGAAUGCCUAUGUCAUGACGCUACGUAACAAUGAAUUACUAUGAAGUGCUAGUCUGAUCCCUAAAAAUGAGUUUUUUUAAUGUAAUCGAGCGAAAGUAAAAUUUAAUUACUCCUGGGCAGCGUUAUAAAAACGUUAGAUUUACGUCAUCAUCGGAAAUUUGUAAAAUACAAUUAUGAAACUGAUCCACUGAGAGAGCGAUCGUUGUAAUUUUAAUGAGAUGUACGUCAAUUACUAAAUUGCGGUUGUUCACCCGCUAUAUCGCAGAUUUGGAUGAAGUGAGGCUAGAAGUGUCGGUUUCAAUUGAAUAUCAAAUUAUGUCCCAAGCUUAUUAUUCGUUGUGUUUUUUAAGUAUACGAAAUCAAUUUUAGAGCAAUUUUACCCUCUAUGAAUUAUAGCAGGCUAAUGAUAUAUUAUAACGUAAUGCACAUAUAUUGAUAAAAAUAAUUCUCCGUUUUUAUACUAUGAAUGGUUCAAGCAAAUAUUUUAUAAACUUGAAACGUUAUUGAUUAUGCUUUUUAAAAACUCCAUGAAUUUUAUGACUUUAAAUUUAUGGGAUUAUUUUAUGCGAUAUUGCAGUAUGUUAAGAUAAUGAUGUGAUUAAUCUAAUUUAAAAUAAGAACGACGUUACAUUUUUAUGAAAUAUGGCAGAUCUGCAGCCCAAACAUCUUUAUUGGUAUGGCAGGCAUGAUCAUGCGUAGUCAUUUGCACUAUAAUGAAUAAUUCACAUCGAGGAAGACAUGUUAAUCGUGUGAAGAAUAUCUGUGUGUUGAAAUCAGUGGUAGGAUACUGUUCUUCUCCUCAUAGUUCUUACAGUAAAUAAUUCGCUAGGAUAAUCUAUACUUCCAUUGGAAUCGUGUUAAUUCUGUGUCGUAGUUCAAAGCGUAGCCGGUUUUGUACAUUGAUUAUAGAGUGUUGAAGUUUGGAGGACAUCGCCAAGAUGGGACGCGCUUUUGUGAUAGGCCAUCAAUGCCAAUAUCGGUAGUCGCGGUAUGCUUAAGUUCUGCUCUGCCUGGUCAGGUUCUGAGGUAUCGUCCAUUUUCUGGAUUAUGGUUACAAAUCCUUUACAUUCAUUGUGUCUCGUGUAAUUACGAGUCAUCAGCAAAUAAAUUUCGACCAGUCUAGCCAUUAUUUUAUAUAAACAAGUGGUGAUUACGACUUGAAAUGUAUGAAUAGUUACAGGCUAAUUCAACAUAGGUUGUUAUUGUCUUUUUUUUUUCUUAUUCAGAUUUGCUCCACUAGGCUCCGUUCUUUUUUAAAGUGAUCCUUUUUACUACUAUUAUGAAUACUCCAAAGUUCGUACGUUUAUUGGGAGAAUGUCCUCGGGGUUUGUGGAAAAUAAAUUUUGCAAUGUUUACAGCGUAUUAGACAAAUAGUCUUGUAGCAAGACGCAAUUUCAUUGUACAAUAAUAAUAAUGAUAAUAAUAGCUUUAACUAACAAGAAUCUUAUUAUAGUUGACUCGAGGCCAUUCAAAUCUUUUAUCUGUACUUAGAAGUAGGACUAGGCGAUGGUUGUACCGGUGUGCACUACCACUUGCUUGUAUGUGUUGGGCUUAGCAUCCAUUCUUUCAGUGAAAAAAAAUCUUUGACGUUGUAACAAAAAGUUCGUUAAACUGAUUAACUUUAAGAUAUUUCAAAGUAGAAACCAUGCACCAGGUAAAGCUGUAAAUCGUUUGCUCCGCUGCAAUGGUUUUAAUGUUGAGAUUGAAAAGCGUUUGCCUAAGCGUAUUUAGAACAAUCAUUAUGCACUGGACCCAGUUCGAAGUUCUUGCAUAGAAGUAUUCUGGUAAUUUCUUGAAUAUUUAAAGUAUUAACUUACACGUCGAGCACACGAGAAAAAAGGUCAAGACCUUGAUUUUUCACGCUAUUGAACUGCAUGUCUUAUCAACUAUUGAACUAUUGUUUUCCCAUGUCUUAUCAACUAUUGAACUAUUGUUUUCCCAUGUCUUAUCAACUAUUGAACUAUUGUAUUCCCAUGUCUUAUCAACUAUUGAACUAUUGUUUUCCCGAUUUGAUUAAUUAGGUUUCUAUCCGUGCGAUGACGUGAGUGAUCAAAAAUAUUGCGCGUGCCCUGAUUCUGUCUUGAAAUUUUUUAAGAUACGUGCGUUCUUCCGUCAAAGCGAUUUUCACGAAUGUCCGGUUUUUUCUGAUUUAUAUUUUUACAAUUUGAUUGUAUAUCAAUUUAUUUUAUUUAUAAAUCUUGAAUCAUUUCCGCGUGGAUGACUCCUUUCAUGGCAGUUUUAAGUCCCGACUUUCGUGAAGAAAUAUCGAUCAGUGUUCAUGAAGAAAGGGGUACCAGUUUCAUGUGCUCAAUGCACCUUAGUUUGAGCUUCAGUUAUCAAUCUAUGUUAUAGCUUUAUUCGUAUUCAUUUAUUUAUUUAUUUACUGCUGUUAUCUCACAAGCAUUUCAGAAUACAUGUUCCCCUUUCCGCAAUUUUAUACAGGAGGUAUAAUUUAUAUAUAGUAAACCUGUAUGUUUGUCAAUUGCAUACUCUUAUUCUGAUUUUGCAUAUUCUUUUACAUGCGUAAUUCGUGAAUCGAUGAGUUCCUCGAAUUUCUCCCUUGAAUGUUAAUCGUAAUAAUCCCUCCCAGAAAUCAUGGCUGCUCCUGCAACGUGUUGGUUUUAUACUGUGGUAUUUUUAGCUAUAAUUUUAUAUUGCAUUGGAGGUGACAAUCAAAAGUCUUUUCCAGAGGUUAGGUUUUGCAGCAUCUUAGAUGAAGAAGUCUUGUGACUUGAACUUUAAAAUUCCAAUGCAUUGUAAUACGCAGGAUAUUGCAAACGAAGACUUCGUCUAUUGCCGCUCGCUGGCCGUUGUGGAUGUCCACGCAGGUAUUUUGUACCAUUUUUAGUUCGGGAUAUUGUUGGCACACAAAUGGUUGAAGUCACAACAAUCCUGAUCAUGUAGGCAGAAAUGUCCAUUUUCUGAGCGCUCGGACACUUGGGGACUAAUUAUCGUAGCAGGUUUUCAUGCAUAACUUUGUCAAAUCUGAACCGAUCAUGACCUAAUUAGCAACGAAGAUAUUUAUUGACAUUACGCUCAUGCGAAUUUGGUCAGAAUUGCACUGUCCGCUUCAUUUUCUUACAGCGCGCUUAACGCUAGAUUAAACAGGUGCGCUGCAACUUCUCGUUCAGUGGACUACGUGAAACUGUGAAUAAAAGAAAUGCUGACAACGCUCGCAGAAGCUUCGUUAUUAAGUAGGUCAAGAUCGGUUUGAUAUGACUAAGUUAUGCAUGGAUGACCUGCUAGAGAAAUGUGGCCCAAAAAUGAUAGAGUGCUGCUUACGUAUUUUUUUUUUUUUUUGAGAUAGCGAAAUUUAAUCGUCAGCAAAAUUUGGACACAUUUAUUGCUUUGAUUUUUAAUUGCGUGCAGAAAUAUAUUUGUUCAUACCCGCUGCAGGCUUGCGAAUACAUUGAAUUUUUAUUUCGAACUUAUAAUUGACAGCUAUAUUUUAUGAUAAGUCUGCAUUCAUUGGUCGUUAGCUGAUAUUGUGCAACUCAACUUGUUUCUGCGUAGAGAAUUCAUGUCAUGAACUUCUCUUUUUUGAAGGAUUUAUUACUUCCGAAGUUGCAGCUUCGGUUACGAAGUUUACAAAACUCGGAAAAUGUUUAAAUUGAUCUAGAUUAAUUUCUCUAUCUUGUAACAAUUUUUUUGUAGCUUAGGGCGCAUCAUUGUCGUGAGAUGUAAAUAGUUGAGCGUAUAGUAUAUUUUAUAUCGGACACAAAUAUUACUCUGAAGUGAUCUUAAAAGUCUCAAUAAACUUUCAUUACAAAACC